GCGACGAAGAGCAGGAAGAAGUAGACGAAGAAGACGAAGGGGUCGAGGAGAAUGGCGACGCAACAAACUCAAAGAGUAGCAGACGAGCUUCCUUUGGAGCCAGCUGUGCUACCGAGGAUUUGGUCCGCACCUGGAUCCAGAGACGCCCGGAUCUCUUUCGCCCUCGACUCAUGCCCUUGGAACUGGACACGGAGGUCGAACUCGCCUGCUCCGUCCCUUUGGUCACAUUCCAGCUGCCACCUUUUCGGAUUCUGUCUGAGGCCGCCACUGAGAACGAUCCAGAGAAACACCUCCAGCGGCUGUCCAGGGCGCUCUACGAAGCGGAGCCGAACUACCUCGCCGUCCUGCCGAAGAAUGCAGAGGAGCUUUCGGGGAGCAAAGCAGAGAAUUUCUUGCAGCUCGCGGCGCUGCAGGACUCGCUCCUCACCAGCGUCUACGGACAUCUGAAGAAGAAGAUUCAUCGCGUUCAAGGCCCGGCAAUCGUGGCAAAGAGGUCCGGCGAGGACGACACGCACCAUCUUCUCCGAGCAUUUCGCAAGCACGUG